AUGUUAACGUUGGUAAUCUUCUUCGCUUUCUAUUUUGCGGCCGUUUGUAACGCUUUCUAUGACUGUCCUCGUGAUUCGUGUGACACAUGCCUCCCUAUCGAGAUUCACGACGCUCCGGGUGUUGGGUUUAAUUUGACCCCUUCAUACGGAACGUCCGCAGUACAUUUCUUUAACGGAACCGUCGUCCAGGUUGCCCAAAUUCAGGGUGAGCCAGAGUAUCUCCAGCUUAUGGCACGUUUUGCGAAGGAGGCCGAUCCCACAUCACAUGAAGCCACAGGGUUAUUACAAGGAACUUAUUCUCGACUAUACUCUCUGCUGGAAUCGCCCUUACCAUCCUUGGCUGGAUGGCUAAAGAGGAAGCUCGCUCGGCCCCUGGAGGUGGAUGACGUCUAUAUUAUCCGCGAGAUGCUGCAAAAUCUCAAGUACUCCACGGAGAGAAAAUUGCGUCAGUCUCUUGAUAGGGUCGCCGUUACAACUCCCGACAUAGAAGCUCUCAGUCCAGAGAUUAUCAACUCUGCUCUUCGGGGUCUCAAUUUACGGACAUGGCUAGGCGAUAGCAAAUUUUACCCUGAUCGACUGGUUGAAGCAGAUGCUGUUUAUGCUGCCAAUGGCUAUAGACUAUGCAAAAAUUAUCACGACCUGUUUGAAUGUACAGAUGAGUUUGAUUUAGCUGAUUCAUCAACAAUCCUUUACAUCUCAUUCAGUCGUGCAGUAUUAUACGCUAGUGUUAUCAGACCUAUUAACGGCGAAGCCUUGUCUCGCUUUACACGAGACGAAGCCCAAGUGCUUGACUUCGAAGUUGGGCUAGAUCGGCUUCUACAAACAAAUUACCCGGAUCUAUUAUGGUCCCGGCUCCGUUCGCAACUAAUAACGCUCUCUCGGUCGUCAAAAUUUCCGAUAACUCACCUCGUCCUAGCCGGAGAGAGCGCCAGAAACCCUCGUUUCCUGGACAAUUUAAAGGAUUCUCUAACUGCAAUAUCGCAACCAAUUAUCACUUCUCGAAUAGAAUCUCAAUUUGAUUUUAUGGCACCUGUCCAAGAACAGAAAACUACAGAUCCGACUUUUACUGCUGCUCGGGGUGCGGCAUUAUAUGCACGAAGGAGACAGGAGGUUCAAGAAGAUUGCUCGGAACCCGCGGAAUGCGAGUUAUUACGGCAAGAAGAGCGAUCAAAUAGCUUGAAGAGAGAAAACCUUCACUAG